AUGAGCAGUCGUGUCCCCAUCGAACCCCAACGAGUCGACGCACCGUUGACACAAUCCGCAACAUUCCUUGUCGUGUCCGUCAAAGACAGUUCGGACGCCAUUAAGACCGUCCGCUCGACUCUCGCCAGCGUCGAUGACCUCUCAAAGAACGUUUCUAUUCGCGACCUCGCCGCCCAAUUCGCAUGUACCGUCGGAAUCGGCAGCAACAUCUGGGAUCGGCUUACUGGUCUCCCUCGCCCGGCGGAGCUACACCCAUUCCGCGAGAUAAAGGGCGAAAAACAUACUGCAGUGUCCACUCCCGGUGACCUACUUUUCCACAUCCGCUCAGAUCGUCGUGACCUAUGCUUUGAGUUCGAACGCCAAUUAAUGGAUCUCCUUGGCGACUCCGUCACGGUCAUCGACCAGACAGUCGGAUUCCGUUACUUUGACGUGCGCGACUUGCUUGGGUUCGUCGACGGCACGGCAAACCCAGUCGGCCCAUCGGUUUCCGAUACAAUCCUCGUCGCAGAAGAAGACACCUCCGGUACCGGAGGAAGCUACAUCGUAGUGCAGAAAUACGUCCACGACCUCCAAGCAUGGAAGUCGCUCUCCUCUGAAAAGCAAGAAGCAAUUAUCGGCCGCACCAAGUGGGAGAAUAUCGAGUUGGACGAUGCAGAUGAAGGUCAGCAACAAUCACACAAAUCGCUGGCGACGAUCGAGGAGAAUGGAGAGGAGCAUGAAAUUCUGCGCGACAAUAUGCUGUUCGGAAAUCCGAGCUCUGGUGAAUUCGGAACCUAUUUUAUCGGAUAUACGCGCCGCUUAUGGGUUAUUGAGAAAAUGCUCGAACGCAUGUUUAUUGGAAAUCCCCCUGGGUUACACGAUCGCUUGCUUGAUUUCUCGAAGCCGUUGACUGGAGUGACCUUUUAUGCGCCACCGGCUAGUGUUCUAGCUGGGUUAGAGGAUGAUUAA